CGGCGGGGCCGGGCCGGGGGCGCUGCGGGUGCUGCUGCCGCCACGCACCGGGGGCCGCCGGGGGGUCCCGGCUCCGGGGGCUCCUCGCCAGCGGCGAGCGCGCGGCACCGGCCCGGCCGAGAGGCGUCGUCGGCGCGGCGCGACUGGAUCGCUCCUUGCCGCGGCGGCUGCCAAGGGACCGUCGCCGUCUCGUCGCCUCAGCGCCGCUGUCUGGGCCCGGCCCGCGCCGCCGCCCGCCUUACCUUUCGUCCCUGGCCAGGCCUGCGGGAUGUUCAUCUUAAAGAUUCUGUGAAGAUGAAAAGUGGUAUCUUAUGGCUUUUUGAAAUAUAAAGCAAUACUGUCUGACAUGACGGCAAAAAAUGUUGGUGUGACUUCCACAAAUGGAGACUUGAAAGGAUUUAUAGAUCAGAACCAGAGUCCAACAAAAGGUAAUAUUUCAGUGAUCGCAUUGCCAGUUUCCAGCACCAACUCUCCGACUAAGAUUUUGCCAAAAACCUUGGGACCAAUCAAUGUGAAUGUUGGACCCCAAAUGAUCAUAAGCACACCACAGAGACUGACCAGUUCAGGGAGUGUUCUGAUUGGGAGUCCGUAUAACGCAGCUCCAGCAAUGGUCACACAGACACACAUAACAGAAGCUUCCGGCUGGGUCCCAGGGGAGCGAAAACGGACUCAAGAAAUUAUAGAGUCAGAUUUUUCAGAAAGUAAGAGAAGCAAGAAAGGAGAUAAAAAUGGGAAGGGUCUGAGGCAUUUUUCAAUGAAAGUUUGUGAAAAAGUUCAACGUAAAGGAACAACUUCAUACAACGAAGUAGCUGAUGAACUCGUAUCAGAAUUCACAAAUUCUAACAGCCACCUAGCAACAGAUUCACAGGCUUAUGAUCAGAAAAAUAUUAGACGGAGAGUUUACGAUGCCCUCAACGUCCUGAUGGCAAUGAACAUAAUUUCAAAGGAGAAGAAGGAAAUUCGAUGGAUUGGCCUUCCUACAAACUCAGCUCAGGAAUGUCAGAAUCUAGAGAUAGAAAAACAGAAGCGGAUUGAAAGGAUAAAACAGAAGCGAGCCCAAUUGCAAGAACUGCUACUGCAGCAAAUAGCAUUUAAAAACUUGGUACAAAGAAAUCAGCAAAAUGAACAGCAAAAUCAAGGCCCUCCAUCUUUGACCUCCACAAUACAGCUGCCUUUCUUAAUAGUCAACACUAGCAAAAGAACAAUUAUAGACUGCAGCAUAUCAAGUGAUAAAUUUGAAUACCUCUUUAAUUUUGAUAACACUUUUGAGAUUUAUGAUGACAGCGAGGUGCUGAAAAGAAUGGGAAUGUCCUUUGGGCUUGAGGCAGGCAAAUGCUCAGCUGAGGACCUAAGAACCGCAAAAUCACUGGUGCCAAAAGCUUUAGAAAGCUACAUCACAGAUAUGUCUGCAGGAUUUUCAUGGAUAAACCAAGGGUUCCUUUCAAGUCCAGCACAAGCAGUUUCCCAUUUCGAGGCAGCUGGAGGCACUUAUGAUGCUAAAUCAAGUGAGAAUCCAGGGUUCUGUUUGGAUGCUGAAGUGGCCUUAGCAACUGGGCAGCUUCUUGCCCCUAGCAGUCAGCAGUCCAGCAGUGCAGCAUCCCGGGGGGAGACGCCCUGUUCCUUCAACGAGGAGGAUGAAGAGGAUGAAGAUGAGGAUUCUUCCUCCCCAGAAUGAGGACAGUAGAAAAUGGAAUAUACAAAAUGCUGCUCAAAUAUUCUUAAUGGGAGUUCCUGUUUGGAUUUUACUGGUUUCUUGCCUUGGUUUGCACUGUGUUCGGUGAACCAAAAUGGAAGCUUCAAAACAAGUUUAUCCAUAGCUGAAAUUGAAGAAUUGUAUAACUGAACACAGAGUGACAUGCAAAGGCAGAGCAAAGUGGGUUUUAUAAACUAUAAACAAGGAAAAGAACAAAGUCCCUGGACAUGUGGCAAAGUAAACCUUAAAUUCAUCUUUUCCAUUUUGGGACUCAAGUCUCUGUCUUCCCCUUGUCUUUUUCAGAUGGAGAAGAAAACAGUCAGUCAGUAAAAGCCAAUGCUUGCAUUGUCUUUUGGCCCUGCUGCCUUUAGAAAAAGGGGGAGCGAGCACAUGCAAAUGUGCUGAACUCGUUAUUUAAAACUAUCUUGUAUGAAAGUGGUUAUAGGGAAAAGGGGCUGUUAAAAUGUUUGCUUUUUUUGUGUUCAACUUGCUGUAUAGAAGAUUCUUAAAGUAAUAUAAAUUGCAAGUGAUUAAAUGAAUCUUGAAAUAGUUUAUAUCCAUUUUAGAUACUCUAAAAGUAACAUUAGUAUAAAAGGUUCAUACGUUCAUUUAUAUUGCAGGCCUAAUUUAUUAUAAGUGAUUAUUCUUAGCCAUUAUUAAAACAGUCAGGAAACAAACAGUAUUCUCUGCACCAGCUUUUUUCAAAGAAAGUAAGUAAAAAAUUGUAUUUCUAGAUUAAAGCAUAUUCAGCGUAGCUUCUCCUUUACUGUUCUAACUUUAUAUAAUCCCUUUGAUGUUAGAGCAUGUCUUGUUUGUUUUAAAAAGGCCUCCCACCAUGUUAAAGAUCUCAGGCAGCAUGUUUUCAAGGCAGUCCUUUCAAAUUUGGGGUGGGCAAGUCACAUAACUUUUAAGGUCAUAGGCUGAGGUUCUUAGGGGAAAAAAAUAAAAUUUCAACAAUACAUCAUCUCAUGUUUUGCAUUCUGGUCAGCUUGGAUUCUGACAGACUUUCUGAUCAGUAACUUCAGUUGCACUUACCUUGAUGCACCUUUGAAAGUUGUAUCAAACCACUAAAAAUAAUCUGGCUCAAGUUACUCAACACAUACCCCAUGUAAAUUGUUAAAUUAGACUUGCAGCAGGAGACUGUGUUUUCCAUAGCUAACAUCACAUCCAAUCAUUAAGACCUGUAAAGAAAACCUUGAAUAUCAAUGCCAAAUACACUGUAGAUGUACUCUUCCCGUGGUGUUCCAGUGUCCAGGACUUUGCCUAGCCUCUCUUUUUCAUGAGGUGAAUCUUCCCAGUUUUUGCACUGUCUCUAGGAGGUUGCCCCAUGUCUCAGCUGUGUGAGGCAGCUGUCCUGGCUCUGUUCCUGUGCUGGGGCAUGGGGCAGCUUGUGCUGUGGCUCACCUGAGCAAUGGCAACAGCUACCCCUGGGCUGCUGGCAGCAUCACUCACAGCCUGGGCUGUGUCCAUGUCAUGUCUUACAGCCAAACCUGCACUCACUCAGGCCAGCAAGAUCCGAAAGUACCAAGCCUGAGCUACAGAGAGAAAAUGAGGCUCCAGCUCAAGAACUGUGCAGGAAUUAGCAGAGGGCUGGCUGCUCCCAUGACAGGUAAAACUGUCAGGAGUAGACAAGCACCACCCCAUGUUUACAUUACAAACUAAAGCAUCAGAUAGAAAUGUCUCACAGAUAGUUCAAACUCCUGCACCUGAGGAGUACCGUGCACCAGAAUGUAGGCAGGGCUCUUGACUGAGCUAUCUGUUUUACACAAAUGAAUGGUAAAUGCACAACUCAAAUGCCUACCAUGGUAUUCACCCUUGGGGCAAGACUGUUAAGACCAUCCUGUGCUCAUGGCUCACAGGGAACAGCAGACUGAGGCUUUACACCCCCUCACUUCCACUGAAUCUGUAACACUACCUCAAUACCAGAAAAGCUUUACAGAAACAAAAGAAUAUUCUUGCUGAGAGUCAGUGCAUUGAGCCAAGUGUCUCACUUUUGAAAUAGGGGAAGAAGGGAACAGGUACUCCACAUAUAUUACUAUGGAAUUGUCAGCUUCAUGAUUGACAGAACAUGAUUGAUGAUUUAAACAGAUCGUCAUUUUCAUUCCUAAAAAAACCCAUUGCUUUUUCAAAAACUGCCCUGUCAGCCAGCUUUCAUUGGAGGGGGCAGAUUAAAGAUAACUUAGAUAUGCAUGGUCCUAAGGAAUUCUUUUAAGAGGGAAAUAUCUUCCAAAGUAGUUACACCUUCCUCCCCCCAACAAUAUAUUAGGGACACAUUUAACUUUACACUUUCUUCAUACUUCUCACUCAAGAUCUGUGUAAAAAAAAAAAAAAAAAAAACCAACAACCAAA